AUGGCUACCCCCGCGGCUCCUCCUCCAGCUCAAGGAGGACGGCUGAACGUCAUCGCCCUCAUCUCCGGCGGCAAAGACAGCUUCUUCUCCCUCCUCCACUGCCUCGCUCACGGCCAUCGAGUGGUAGCUCUAGCAAAUCUACACCCACCAGAAACAAAUGAACAUGAAGGAUCACAGCAAGAAGAAGAAGAAGAAGAAGAAGAAGGAGAAGAAGAUUUAAACAGUUUCAUGUAUCAAACCGUCGGCCACCAAGUGAUCCCCUUGUACGCCGAGGCCACGGGUAUUCCGCUGUACCGCCAGCCCAUUCUCGGGGGGGCCACGCAGGGGAAGGAUUAUUCGCAUUUUUCGACGGCGGUUGCUGUCCAAGGUGAAGGGGACAACAAUGCGAAAGCGAAACAAGUGAAAGACGACGACGACGAAACAGAAUCCAUGAUCCCCCUCCUCCUCGCCAUCAAGCGCGCCCACCCCGAAGCCAACGCCAUCUGCGCCGGCGCCAUCCUCAGCACCUACCAGCGCACGCGCGUCGAGUCGGUAGCCGUCCGCUUGGGCCUGACGCCUUUGGCCUUUCUGUGGAAGUUCCCUAUCCUGCCCGUCCCACAACAUUUGGCUGGUGGAGACGUUGCAACCACGGACGCGCAACUCCUAGACGAUAUGGCCGCCGCGGGCAUGGAAGCGCGCAUCAUCAAGGUAGCCAGUGGCGGACUGGACGACUCCUUCCUCUGGACCAACGUCGCGGAUCGAUUGGGAAAGGAGAGGAUCGCGAGGAGUAUGCGGCGGUUCGGGACAGCGUCGGAGAAGGGCGCAGUGAUUGGGGAGGGAGGGGAGUUCGAGACGUUGGUGUUGGAUGGGCCGCGACAGCUGUUUCGGAAGAGGAUCAUGGUGGAGGAGAAGGAUAGGAGGGUUGUUCGGGAGGGAGGAGGGUGUGCUUGGUUGAGUUUUAGAAGUGCAAAGUUGGAGGAUAAAGAAGUCACCUUGGCGGCUUCUGAUGAGGAGAAGAGUGAUACUGGAAAAAUCAGGAUCCCAGAUUUGUUGGAUGCUAGGUUUGUGGGCGUGUUGGAGGGUUUGAAUACAAGUGCUUCCGCUGGCGAGGAGGAAGCUCGAAAGCUUCUGGCUCUGCUCAGCUUGGAACCUCAACAUAGCUUGUCGAAGCAAAAAGGUACAUUUCAGCUUGGACUGCCCCAAAGUCUCAACGACAGCAAACUACAACAAUGGUGCUUCUUCGGCAAUGCUUCUUCCUCCGCUGGUAGCAGCAACACGGUCGAGACAGAAACAUCAUUGCUCGUUUCUCAAAUUCGCCAACGACUCCAGCAAUCCAACCUCACUCCAUCCGCCAUUCUCACCUCCACGAUUCUCCUUCGUCACAUGGCCGACUUCCCUGCCGUCAACUCCGUCUACGGUGCCCUCUUUGAUUCACCCAACCCUCCUUCACGAGUCUGUGUUGCUUGCGGUGACUCCCUGUCCGCCUUGACUAACAACAAUGGCAGCAUCAGCAUCGCCAUCUACCUCACCGUGCACACCGGCUUCACCAACAAAUCCACAACCGACCAGCGCCGACAAGGUCUUCACGUGCAAUCCCGCUCAUACUGGGCUCCCGCCAACAUUGGACCAUAUAGCCAAGCCAUCUCACUUCCGUUGGCCAGUCUAUCAUCUUUUUCAAAGCCCCCAAACUCCACUGGCGGCAAUCAUGACGACGGCAACGGUGGUCCACGACUAGUUACCAUCGCGGGUCAAAUCCCCCUUGUACCCGCCACCAUGGCCCUGCCUCCUGCGGAAUCAGAGCAACAGCGACAGGCACUAAACACCCAACUCGCCCUCUCACUCCAACACCUCUGGCGCAUCGGCCUCGAAGUUGGCGUGCAAUGGUGGACUAGCGCCGUGGCUUAUUUCCCCGCGGCCACCACCACCACCGACUCCUCCUCCUUUUCGAUGCCCAUGAGCGAAAAGGCCAGACUGGCUUACAAGACCUGGCAAUCGGCCCAUCAGUGGUCUUCUUCCAAGGUCGCAUCAGACGAGGAGGACUCUGACGCUAACUCAGACUCUGACGACGAUGACGGUCCCGACCUCUGGGACAGAAAAUUCAAUCCCCGGUAUAUGUCCUUUGCUGUCACCUCCACAGAAGACUCCUCCUCCUCGGAACCAAAACUACCGGAUUGGAGUGUCCUCUCCAAGAAUAACAACAUCAAGGACAACAAAAAUAAGAGGAGGAGGGCAACCCCACCCUUCUUCUUUGCUGCACAAGUCGCCGAGCUCCCUCGCUCCGCGGGCGUCGAGUGGCACGCGCAUCUGGGCAUCGCCAAGGCUGGGUCAAAGAGUGUGACGGUUUUGGAGAGCUUUCAGGCAAAUAUAAACAGCGAUGACGAUACUGGUGAAGAGAGAGUGGUGGAGGUCCAUCAGACUGUUGUCCGUUCUCCUGCUUCCACGUCUGAGCAAGACGACGACGAUGACGAUAUGGACGAUAUGGACAAUGAUGAUGAUGACAAGGGAGUCAAAAAUGAAGCAUCAGGCCGACGACCCGCUCUCCUGCAGACUAUUUUGGUGGAAAGAUACAUGGGUGGGAGUUCACCCCCCUUAUCAUCUCUGUCUUCGUCUUCGUCUUCGUCUUCGUUUACCGCAGUCGAUGAGCUUGCGUGGUUGUCUACACGUCGGCUGAUCAACCAGGGACACGGAGAGCCCGACAACGAAAGGGGUGGCCCAUCUGUCAUGGUGCGUUAUGUGGAUGCCAGCCUUUCUGCCGCCGCCGCCCUUGGUGGUGGUGGUGUGUCCGUAGCCGUGGUGCCGUGCGCGUCGCUCUGGGAUGCUGAUGGAGAAAGACUGGCUUCUGUUACGAUUUACCAGAGUGUAUUUGAAUAAAUCAGUGGUAUGAAAGGAGGGUACGACUUCUGGAGUCUGUGAAAGUGGUAAAGUUUAACUGUAUUUGCCUUGUGGACUUGAACCAGGAAGAGGACAUGGAAAUAACACAUUAUGGUGUCUAUGUUG